UCGUCGAAUAUAAAGUCCGGUCGAUGGAAUACUGCGCAUUCCGUCUAAUCUCAGAUGCAUGAUUACACUACCUAUCUGUUAUAUCGCUUGAAACGUUGCUAGCAACCUGUGUGUGAAUCGUCUGGAUGAAUUUACACUGUGUAGAACCACCCGGUUCAAAUCUAUCUAUACACCAUGCACCGAGUCCGUGCAUACCCCGAGCGUCGAUGCUGAGUUGCCUUGUUUUACAGGUCAGGCAUAGAGUACGAGUUUCUUUAGACUUGUCCUAAACUUGGCAACGAUUCCCGUGUAUUUGUUGCAAAGGUCGGUUGCCGAGCUCAACUAAUUGGCAGUUCAGACAUGGGCAAAAACAGAGUUGGCAGAGACAGGACAUCGGACAAUGCGGUUACGGUUGUCUUUCCAUGCGACUUGCCGAUUUGGGAUUCCCUCAAAUACACCUAUCAACGACUGAAACAUGUGAACAAUAUCAACGAACUGUUAACAGUAUUACAUAAGAUCUACACUUUAGUGACUUCAUGCGCGCACAAAUGCUUGACCCCCACCGAAGUGGACAACUUGACGUGUCAAGGUCGUCAACACCCGUUUGCUGGAUUAGCAGAGUUUCUGAUCGAUGUGGCUUCGCAAGAAGAACAACAUGUUUUCUUCACUAAGACCUUGCCAUUCAUCGCAGUGCUCGCUGAGGAAAUUGAAAACAGAGUCCCCGUCGAAGGAUUACAAUACUCUGUUCGCCAGAAAGGAUCCCAUGCCUCAUUGGACAGGAAACUAAUCGCAUCUAUACUGGCAUCCGCCUUUUUAUGUACAUUCCCUGAAAAAGAAAGAAAAGGCCGAAACUUGAAUAAGAUCAAUUUCACAUCAUUUUUUGUCCAUAUUCAAAGCGCACCAAGACGUUCUAGCCAGAGUGCUAAGUUGCGGUGUAUACUUCACUAUUUCACACGACUAUCAGAAAGCAGCGCAGACUCUCCUUAUGGAUAUGUUUCAUUUAUCCGAGAGGUUAAAAAGAAAGAGACACUACCAUGCUUAAGUGACUGGUUGAAUUGUGGUACAGUAAUGUGUUCACUAUCAAUACACAAGAAUGGGGUGAUUGAAGACUCAGGAUGUCACACAUUGCAGGUGAAUUUCGCUAACAUUCAGAUUGGUGGAGGCACCCUUGGGCACGGCAGAGUACAGGAAGAAAUCCGUUUUUGUAUCUGUCCCGAACUGAUUGCAUCAAUGUUAUUCAUGGAACAAAUGGAUGAGAAUGAAGCAAUAAUGAUGUCCGGCUUUGAGCAGUUCUCACAAUAUUCAGGUUACGCAUCCACGCUACAGUUUGCGGGAGAUUAUCGGGACAAUGCUAAGUGGGAAAAUGGUCGAUUAGAGACGAUGAUUUCCUCAAUCGAUGCUGUCUCUUACAAAAGAAAGCCACAAGCUCAGUACAAAGAUGUGAAUAUACUGAGAGACUUGAAUAAAGCUCUGGUUGGAUUCACUCUACCAGAAUCAUUUAAGACAAAGUCUGUGAUUGGGCAAAGUCUGGAGGAUGGGGACGAGUUUUUCAGCUGUGUCCAAUCAGCGAGCUCAGUUGACAGUGACUUUGAAACUGCUCCAGAAAGUCUUGAUGAAGAUGAUACUGUGUCUGUGGUCAGUUUUAGUAACUCGCUCAGUAAAGCUAUUAUUGAUGUCGGCAUCAAAGACGCUGUGCAGUUGUUCAGAACUGAAUCAUCAGGUUGGCAAGGUGGCUCCAACAACAACAAUGAGGACGAUGAUAUCUCGGAUCUCGAUUCUGACCGAGGAUGGAUAGAACAAUUUAGGAGAAGCUCAUCGGAUCAAGUUCAGAGAUAUGGUAGUAGAAAGGGUAGUUCUGAAGUCAGUUCAGAGCUGGAAGAAUACAUGGAGAACCGUGGCCGACUUGGUUCUGUGGAAGAAGAGCUGCGAUAUAUUCGUUGUUCUAUUACCGAGGACGAUAUACCAGCGGCUCUGAUUCACAUAAAGGAAUUUGCUGGUAAUAUUGCUGAGCAAGUUACAAAAGCCGGGUAUCAACAAGCUGCUUCUAUGACGCCAGGAAUUCAGAAAUUCGAUGCUCCAGAACCACUACACGUCUUGACGAAACCGAUCGCGAGGAAAAUAACACCAGAGCGACAGACAAAAAAAAUUGUUGAAGAGUCUGAACAACAAUUAGACCAGACCGAAGAAUCAGACCCGAUAAUUGUAGAGUAUGUAAACAAGCUAUACGAGAACACCUUUCAAGAUGCCGUGGCUACUGAUGACAUAAAAAUUGCAAAUAUCGAUGAUUACGCCAGUGUUGAGGCUAAGAGCAUCCUUACCAACACUUUGAGGGAACUAUAUGUGAAAUCAGAACUUGAUCACAGCAGUGAAUUGAAAGUAGAUAAAGGAGUGUCUGAGAACGAUGAUGUUACCGUUCCGACUGUGAACAGUAACACAAUGCCAGGUGACAAUGCAACUUUAUUAUAUUAUCAGGAAUUGAACGCUGCACAUUCAAUAGCGGAUUCAAUGAUACAGCGCGUCUUCCAAGAACUUAGUUCUGAAUUCAAAGUCUUCCGUAAGAGCAGUCUGUCAUUAUCAUUGGAGCAACCUAUGCAGAUGAUGAAUAGUGUCACCUCAACACCCAGCACUCCUCCACCGACCCCGGCUGAUCCCAAUCAUGUUAUCAAAUUUAACGAUGACGACGACAAUGAUGCAAGCUAUCGUCGUUUCUCCAAUGAAUUAUCUCAUUCACUUGAGGUGUUGGACACUGAGUCAAAACACAGACAAUUUCACGCGAGUCGAGUGAGUAAUUUUGCAAACAAUAUGGCAGAGGGUAUCGUAUCUGAGGCCAUUCUGAAGAUACACGGGAGAGUGAAUAAGAGUGUUGCCAGGCGAGGCAGCUAUCAUGUGUCCACUCGAAGCAGUUCGAAAAGAUCUAGUUUUGAUAGUGUGAUUGAGGACUUACUGAAGAUCGGUGAUAUUGACUUGCAAGGGAAACGGAGAAGCCAAACGGAAGAAAACAUUGCUGGUUUUGCCGAGGAACUGGCAAACAGCAUGACGUCAUGUGGCAAUGAGUUCCCAACCAAUAGGAAAGGAUCUGUUACAUUCAAAGACUCUGUCCUGGCUACCUUCUCUGAGGAACUUAACAAGUCAACGGCGGUGUCACAAAAUAAACGUAGCAGCAUGUCAAAACGAGGCAGCAUAUCUGAAAGCAUAACUGAAUCGGUGUCUUCGGUGUCAAGUAAAAUUACCAAUAUUCCGUCAUUAGCAAAUAAUUUAGCUAAUGAGGUCAUAUCAGAUACUUUUGUGUCUUUAUUUGGAAUGCCAUGGACUUGUCGCGAUAUCGAUAACGGUACAGUUACUGGCAAUGAUGAUGUAACCAUGGUUACUGAAAAUCCUCCCCUUGCUGUGCAGUUCGCUGAUGAUAUGUCGAAAAAAUUAAUGAUAACAGUCUUAGGAGUUCAAUCAGAUCUAUCUAAUGGGGAUGCAGUAAAAUACCAUGACAACGAUGAAGAUGAUGAAGAUGAAGUCAGACAGGAGAAAAAAGUUGCAGCUAUGGAGGACACAUUAACAUUAGAUAGACUUGUAGGAGAGUGGAUUGACGGAAUUCUGGAUUGUGCUUUGGUUGAUAUCAAGAACAAUACUUCAGUGUUGCAGAAUGGUUCAUGCGAGGUCAUUCCUUGUAACCAUGACAUUACUAGCAUCAAAGAGGACGGUAUAAGAUUAGCCACUAAUGAUGAUAUGGUUGGUUACCCUGACUUGAAUGGUAGAAGGCCAAUCGCAACUGGUAAUUGGGGAUGUGGUGCAUUUGGAGGUGAUGUCCAAUUAAAAUCGCUGUUACAGUGGAUGGCAGCGUCUGUGGCCAGUGCACCAAUGGUCUUGUAUUACACAUUCAAUGAUGAAAGACUGCAUAAGUUCGAUGAAGUAUCUAACCAUAUCCGAUCACGCAAAUGGAAUGUAGGACAACUUGCAAGUAUCAUUUUGAAUUUCUCUCUGCGAAAACAACGAGACGAGAGUUGUGUUGGUGACCUGUUUGACUACAUCCUACAGUUGUAAAAAAUGGAAUUCUUUGCUAUAAAAAAAAAUGGUGAUGAUUUUCUUGCUUUACAUUGGAAUCUUGAGUACUGUAAUUCCUCAGGGCUGAAAUCGGAUUUAUUCAGAUAAUUAUAUUAUCUUCAAGGGAGUUUAUGAAAUUUUAAUUCGGAUAAAUCAAAAUAUGCUUUGUGUGUGUUGCAUUUAUAGCUGGAAUGAGUAUUUUUUCUAAAAGACGUUUAAUUUACAUACAGAUUAGUCUGCCAAUGAUUUACUAUUUUCUAUACUCAGCUAUAAAUACUGUAAGGCUACUCUAAAUAAAAAAUUAGUUUGACGUCAUUCAGCUUUUA